CGUGGAGUUUGUUGCGUCUGUUCAGUUGAGUCUCUGAGCGCCACGGCCGGCAGCUGCCUUAUUAUCAUGGCUCACUUUAGAUACUGGAAACGCGUGCGUCCUCUCAUAUGAAGCCAAGCGCCUGAUUUAAUCCGUUCUUUACUUAAAAAAAAAAAAAAAAAAAAAAAGAAAGAAAUUAUUAUUAUAAUAACGCGGCUCGCCGCUAGCAGACAGAAACUGUUUGCCGACCGACUGUCAUUAAUUUGGGAUUAAAAUGGUCAUCAAGGUUUACAUCGCAUCCUCCACUGGGUCUCUCGCGAUAAAGAAGCAUCAGCAGGCGGUGGUGGGCUUCCUGGAGGCCAAUCGGAUCAGCUUCCAGGAAGUAGACAUAACCAUGAUGGAGGAGCAGAGGCUCUGGAUGUACCGCAACAUCCCCAGGGAUAAGCAGCCGGAGAAGGGCAAGCCACUGCCUCCGCAGAUCUUCAACGAGGAUCGCUACUGUGGGGACUAUGAGGACUUCUUCCAGUCAAAGGAGAACAACACCGUGUUUGCAUUCCUUGGGCUCAGUUCCCAGCCCUCUGUGAAAGAUUCCGAGUCAUAGAUCCAGGUGCUGACACGUGUCAUGCAGGAAACCUGGAAAACGCCAGCAUUUUGCCAAACUGGUUUCUCCUGGUAUGACCUCUCCUGACUUUAACACCUCCUUAAACAACAUUCCACCAUCAGCCAGUCUCCAAGAACUGUCUGACUCUCCAGAAGCCACAGAAGAGGAGGAUUAGCUUUCCUUUUUACACUUAUAAACACUGUGACAGCAAACGCUAUUUGGAAACAAAGUAGCAUAAACUCCACGCAGAUUAGAAGGCCGCGUAGCAGCUCCGGCUUCGAAUUGGUACCCUUGGUUGUAUCCAGAUGCAGUUGGUGGUGUGAGAAUUGAUCGAGUCCAGUGUACGUCGCACAAAUGCACAGCUGAAUGUGUGUGCCCGCCUUACUGUGCGCGUCCGUCUCAAUCAGCAGCUGUUAAUGAAGGCUGUGUGAAGGGGAGUGGACGAGCGCAGCUUGAAACGACACAAAGGCUUUGCCAUUUUGCCUGACUGUGAGAGUGUUUGUGUGUGCAUGUGUGGCAGAUGAGACAAAAUGCUUGGAAUAGACUAGUCUGUCACCACCAAUAAAACACACGUUGCUCGUUUAUAUUUCCACUGCCAAACUGGUUGGCUUAAAGCUUAAGUACAAUGUCAUUCAGUUUUUUUUUUUUUUAUUAUUAUUAUUUUCAGCACACGUGUCAUGAAUUUGGGCAUUUGUGAUGUAAAAAAUAAUCAAGCCAAUGGGACACCAAUCCAUUUUUGUACAGUGAUUUAGCAAAACAUGCUGUGACCACCAUCUUCAGCACAUUUCCCCUCCUAGUAGAAGUAGCUUUGCAAAGUUUUAGCUAAACGUACGUCUCUCCAUCCCAGAACCAAACAGAUGAAGAUCAGAGGGAUUGUUGUCACCAGUCUUUUUAUGUUUUGUUUUCUUCUGAAACGGUGGAAAAGGUCUGAUUUUUUUCCCUUAUUUGAUAUUUUUUACAUCACAAAACUGCUGUUUCAGCAGGUGUGUGUCAGCUUUUCUAAGGCAUUCAGUCCCACUCAGAUUUUAGGACACAUCAUUAAAACAGAAGCAAAUACAGCUUAUGUAUGGUCCAUAUUAAUCAAUGGAUUAACGCAUAUUUGGUUUUAGUGAGUAGAGCAGUAGGGGAUAAUUUUGGAAUGAUUUGUGCAGUAAUUUGGCACACGGUUCGUAGAUUUAAAUAACAAUUGAAUUCCACAGUACACGACCAGACUUGUCUUGUGUUUUCAUGGGAUUUGCUGGCAUCACACGAUCAGCAGAUUUAUCCUCUGAUCGCGAUCUGCUAUAGACAAAGCUUGGUUACUGUUAUCUGGGUCACAUGAGCCAGAGGGGUAUAAUUCAUAUAAUUACUCCAUGUUUCAUCUGGCAGAGAAUCUGAAAGACAAAAGUAUUACUCAGAGAUAAUAAAACAGCAGAGCUCCAAACCUCUGUGCUGGCAGCCUGUGUCUGUUCACUUCCCCAAACACUGAGCACUUUUUCUAUAUGACUCCCCUAUUAAAUUAACAUGGAUGGGUGCUUGGCUGAACCCUUAAUAUUUACACAUGAAGCACACGCACACAAACUCACGCAGCCUUGCAUCCUCCCCUAAAUGUCGUGCCAUUGUAUGGAAGUAAAUCUCAUUUUCUCUGGUAUAAAGGCAAGUUGGGUAAUGUACUGCUGUCAGCGGUUGCUCUGUCAACAUUCCCGUUUCUGCUGAUUUGUUUCCUCAGUUUAUUGUCAGAUCAUCAGAACGUUUGUUAACUGACAAAAUGACUAAAUGUGUAAAUGUCACGCUUCUCUGUCUGUGGUUGGUUACGCUAUUUCGUCUGAAUUUAAUGACACGUUACUGUAUUGGUUAUUUUGCACAACAAAGGAGAUUAUACUGUUUUCAUUUCUCUUC